AUGGAUAAUCUUUCAAAUAGAAAUAUAGAACAUAUCAUUAAUCAAUUAUGCUCUUCUAAACAGAGAGAUAGGAAUCAAGCUUUAGAUAGUUUAACAGACUUACUGAGAGAUAAUCCCAAUAAGAUUCCAAAUAAUUCAAUUUCAAUUAUUAUCGAGUCUUUAAUCUUACUCUUAGAUUCAGAACAAAAAAAGUUCAUUAUUUUACAAUCAUCAUCACCUUCAAAUUCAUACUCUUCCACUUCAAGCAAUAAAUUAAAACUAUCUGAAUCAAAAUUAACAAACAUAUCUUAUAUCAUUCGUUUAUUCAUUGAAAAAACGAGCAAUAGACUUAAAGUUAAAUCUUUACAACUAUGUUUUACCUCCUUGCUUGAUUUGAUAUAUUUUGAUAAUUCAGGGGAACUUAUUGAAUUAAUCUCAAUUCACAUAUCUUACUCUCUAAUUUCAUUAAUACGAUCAGAAAUAUUUAGCUUAAGAUUCCCGGCUCAUAGUUGGGUUUCAUUAAUUGAUCAAAUUUCUUCAAUUAUUAUAGAUAGAACUAAAUUAAAAAAGAUAAAUGAUAAAAUAAUGCUCAAUUUUAUCACAUGCCUAAUUGACUUACUAAAAAAUGACACUGUUGCAAUCAAACAAAUAAAAUAUAGUUUAAUAUUUGAAACAUUGUUCCAUUAUUUUGACCUUAUAAACUUUGAGAACUCGAAUACAGAACUAAUUAUUGAGUUGGCCAAGAUAGUUAUUAUAAAAUUUAAUUUAACUAACAUUAAUAUGACUAUUAGCCUUAUAGGGAAAUUAAUGAAGCAUAUACUUAAUAUUAACAAUACUUCAAAUCAAAAAAUUCAAUUAAACUUAAAUUUUAUUCACAUAUUUACGAGUGAACUGAUACCAAAUCAUCUACCAUUAAUGACUAAAAAUUCUCAUAUUAAUAAGGAAAUAAAAAACGUAAUAUCUCAAGAUUCGUUAUUUAAAAUUUUCCAAGAGUAUUUAAUUUUGAUGCUUGUGUCAUAUAAAUCGAAUAACAUAUCUAUUGACUAUAUUCGUAUCAUUUUGCCCAAUGAAGUCAACUCUAUUAAUGAAAAGGUUUCUUGGUUUCAAUUUAAUGAUUUCGCAUUAGCAGAAAAUCAUGCAACAAGUAAUUGGCUUUGUUUACUAGGAUUGGUUAAGCUUAUAAAUUCAUAUUUUAUAUUUAAAGGAAGAAUAUGCGGAAUUCAUGAACAGAAUCUAAUUACUCAAUUACCGCAAUUAUUCAAAAGGCGAAAAUUUGAACCAUCAUUUACUUCUAUAUUACUCAAUUCAGAAUCUAUUGAUGAAUUUUUUGUAAACUGUCUAGAAAUUAACGUGGAGAAUAUUAAUUUAAUUUCUUUGCAAAUACUAUCAUUCCAUUCUUCACUCUUCUUUUUAAAUUCUCACAAUUUUAAUACCUUGAAAGAUCUGAUACUUCAGAAGUACGAAAAGUCCUUUUUAAUUAAUUGGGUAUGCCUAACCUUAAUAUCAUUGAUCUCAAAAGUAUCCUUUACUUUUACUAACGACGAUGCUAAUAAAUUGCUUAAGAUAUGCUUACCAUUAAUUAAGGAUCCAAAAUAUUGCAAAAUGUCGACAGCUUUACUACUUAAAUUAUCUAUCUAUUCUUAUAACUCCGAUAUUGGCCAUUCUGAAAAUAAUAACGAUAAAAUAAACCAGAAUACUAAUCCAAGCAACAAAAUUGUUUUGGAUACUCAUUCCCGCCAAAGGAUGCUGGAUUUAUAUGAAUUAUCUGAAGUAAAUGGACCAGCACUAUUUUCUAAUGAAUCUUUCCAAUUUUGGAUAUACUUUCAAUACAUUGGUAAAGAUUUUUUGUCAACUAAAAGACUAACAUCAGGUGACUGUAUUUGGGCUUGGAUUAAUUCUAAAAUAAAUCAACAGUGCAUACCCCUCUUCACUGCAUCAAAUAAAUCGUUUUCAAGGUUAGUUAUCUGGCUAUGGGACAUGAAGGUUCCAGUAGCUGAUUCACGCUUUGUAUAUUGUCUGACGAUCACUCCAACCUGGUUAUUUGAAGAGUGGAAAUUAUAUUAUGAGGUUUGGACAAAAUAUGAGAAGCAAAGGAAAUUUUUACUCCAAAACACACAAAAAGCCAAUGAAUUGAAGAAAUUAAAGCUAAUGAAUCCGAUUUCUAACUGUAGAAUCCAUCGGGAUGAAUUAUUUUCAUUCUUAUCUAAGAUUUAUCCUAUGAUCCCAGAGUUAAAAGUCACAUAUAUUGAGAAGGUAAACAUAUUUUUUGAACUAUUAUCCAUUGUUUUUACAAUGCAAUUUAAUGAUUUUGUUAUGAGCAAUGAUACAGGAUUGUUCUCAGACUUUUAUCACGAAUUUAAAGAUUUUUAUACUCCAUUCGUAAAAUCCCUUAAUGAUUCUAACUAUAUACUACUCAGACAUCUACGAAAAAUUUUACCAUUUAUGCUAACUGAACCAUUACCAGAUUUCAUAUUUUCAGAGCUGCUAUUAUCUGAUGCUGAGGGUAAUGACUACGUCAAUUUUAUAGAAAAUGAACCUAAUAUUGUUUCUUUAAAACAGAAAACUGUAAUAGAAAAAUCUUUUGAGGUUUUGAACAAGUCAGUUACGAAGAAUUUUUCAAUCAGUGAAACUUUUAACAAAUACAGUGCUCACAAUACCUCACUUAUUAUACAAACCGUAAUUGCUAAACAUUGGCGUUUGCAAGAGCAUAACAACAAUCAUGUAUUAUCGGAGAUAUUGCAACUAUCUAAACGAAUUUCGACUGAAAAAUUUCUUGAAGGAUUUGAUACUUUUAUUUCAUGGCUGUCGUCCAUAGAUAAUAAAUUUUCGUUCGAUAGUGAUCUACUUGUAAAAAUCACCGAAGUUAUUGGAUCCCAUAUUUUAAAUAGUAAAUAUAAUACAUCCUCAGAAGUUAUGACUAUGCUCUGCAUGUAUUUAGACUCCCUUCGUCCUCAAUGGUUACUUAAAACAGAAUUACAUCUCAAUGCAGACUGCAAUGAUAUCUUUGAGUGGAUUAUAGAACGUUUUAAAGAUAAUUCGUUUAGUGGAAAUAAAUCAAUAGAAUAUCUGUCAAAACUAUUGUUAAAUAUGCUUAUUUAUCAUGAUCUAUCUAAUAAUAUUGUAAAGGGGAGCAAACAACGUGUAUUCAUGGUACUAAUCGAAUGCUUUAAAAAAAUCAAUUUACCAACAGUUGCAAUUCUAUCGUCCAAGUUAGGACAUUAUAUGAACGUGGUGAGCAUUAAAAAUCAACAAGUAAUCCUCCAAGAACUUUCUUCUAUAUUUCACCACCCUCAGAGAAGUAUGGAGUAUUCGAGCUUCUUCUCUCUAUCAAUGCUAAAUUUAGCUAGCUCUUCAAAUACAAAUCUACCACAUAUAAUAGAGAACAUGCUAUCAUUUACUACAUAUCCCCACAUGAAAUUUUAUAUAUCAUCUAUGCUUCAUAGUGUUGCUAGUUCUCUAAAAUUGACCACAAUGAAAGAUUUAUUUGAUCAUUUCAAAUACGAGGUUCUAAUUUCAUGGGCAAAAAAACUGCCUUCUAUAUCAAAACCAGAUGGAGAUUCAAGUGAUCUUGAAACAAUUUGCGAUAUUUCUUUGUUUGGAUUUGAAAAAUUCUCAGAUUUUAUCAGACUUUAUGCCACAGACUUCAUCUCUGUUUAUUAUGCUACAGCGUGUACCAACACUAAUUUAUUAGAGCUGAUUUUACAGACAACACAAAGAACAGCAUCUCAGUUAUUACAAGAGUCAAUGCACAUAUGCCUCCCAUUAGCAUAUUUGCCAACAGGUAUUCACGAUACCAUAUUUCCAACCAUAAAAAAUGUCAUAGGAAAAAAGUUAACCACAAUUAUUCAAGAAAAUGCUUUGCUAAUCAGCAGGAGGAUACUAAAAUCAACUGAAUUCUUGGUUAUCGAAGAUAUUCAAACUACGUUAAAGAAAUUGCAUAGAGAUGAUGAACUCUCAUAUUUGCUAUUCGUAAAAUAUUCAAAAUCAUCAAAGUAUCGUUCGCCUUUAAAAAUUGAUUUUCCUUCCUCUAUCAGCUUGCUUAAUAAAAUCUUUAAAGCAAAUUUCCAAUCAUCAGACAUCGAUAUAACUUGUCUAUGGAUUUUAGAUGAUUUGAAGAAAUCUUCUCAGUAUUACGAAAAAUUGGGCUUAUUAAGAGAACUUAAAUAUAUAUUUUGCAGCUACCUAUCAUCGUUUUUUUCGUCCUAUUGUCUCACAAAUGUCUUAUAUUCAUUAUCAGAACUUUCAGUGGAUCGUAGGCUAUAUGAUGAAAUUUUUCCCCUAAUGUUAGUUACUUUAAAAUUUAGUUAUGAAUCAAAUUUUAAUAUUGGCUCUUCAUUCACUGCAUCAUUUUCUAGCAUUAUAAUGUUUUUUAAAGAAGGAGAAUAUAUGUCUCUUGCACAAGAUUUUUUGAAAUUAUUAAAAUCGAUUGACAGGAGGAGAUGGACAAACCUCCGAUCAAACGAGCAAGAAAUUUUAAAAUAUGCUACCAUAAUGCUGGAUACUCCUUCUUCAGAUGAACUAAACUUUAAAGGUGAAUAUUUGAUUGACUUAUUACUUCAAGAGAAAGAAUACACUAAAUAUUCAUCCCAAUUAAUCGCAUCUAUUGUACUUAAUUCUAGUAGCUCUAAUGCAGCUAACAUUACUCCAAAUACUCAUGGUUUACAGAAAAUUUUACUUUAUCCCUUAUCAAACCCCUAUAAUUCCACAAGUUACCAAUUAUUCACUAAAAAAUAUAUUACAAACUACGUAAGAAAUGGAGGUGAGAUUUUUGUAGACGUAGAUAAACCACAUGCUAUUAAUUGGAAUUAUACUACUAUAUUUGAACAAAUGGACCCACUGCUGAGCAUUUUUGAAUGCUUCUAUUCUUUUAGAAAAACGUUAAGAAAAGCUGAUGACCAUCAUAUUACCCUUAAAUUCAUUAUCGAGUGCAUCUUUUCAACAUAUUUUAAUACAUUUACCAAAGAUAGUCAGUCACAAAAUAUCAAUAUCACCAAAUUAUUUAUUGAAGAAGCUCAAAGUUCCCUAAUGAAUAAACAUGCACUAGAAGCAAUUUUCCCGCGAAUAAUUUCAAUUAACAGAACAUUUUCUAAAGAUUAUUAUAACAAUAAGAAAAUAUUUGACAAGAGUAUUAAGUAUUGCGAUUGGAUUUUGGAAUUAGUAAAUAUUUUAUUAGUCCAUUUGGAAUCUUAUUGUCCUAGUCUAUUAUACCUAUUAAUUCUUUUAAAAACAUCUAUUUCAUUUCAAGAAAAGAUAUUUCCCAUUCUUUUCUUUGCAUUCAUCAGUUUUGAUGCUCAAGAAAGUGAAUCUUUCGUUUUAUUUGUUACUGAGAAUUUUGGAACACUUGCUGGUUGUGUCGAUUCAAUUCCAAAAGCUCAAGUCAUAUUAAGUAUGAUAGCAAUGCUUAGAACAGGAUAUAUAUCUGGAGUGCGACCAUUUAUCUCAAUAUACAAAAAAGUUAAUCUCAGACUUAUAUACAAGAAUGCUAUUUCUGCCAAUGAACUCCUUUUUGCAUAUAUGUUAUUUGAAGAGGUUAAUAUGGAACAAGAAUGCAGUUUAGAUAUUUUGAAUUUAAAAAAUAUAUAUGAGGGAAUAAACGACAUUGAGUUAUUAUCUGGAUUACCAGCUAGUAUGUCAAUUAAUGGAGUGAUAGCAUCAUUGAACAAAACUAAUCAAGAGAGCUGGAGAACUUUUUUGUUCAAUAAUGCGCUUUUGGAUAGUAGUGCAAAUCAGCAAGACAAUUUUAUUUCAAGUGCCUACUCUAAUUCGUUGGAAUCUAAUGGUUUCAUUAAUUUGGCAUUGAGCUUACAGAAUGCAACCAAUGUAACAGAUGAAAGUAACAUAUACGAUUGGUCAAUUCAAUUACGGAAUUGGGAUCUUCCAAUACCACAUAUACUCAAUACUACUUCUAAAGCCCAAUAUGCAGGCUUGAAGAAGAUUGUGACUUAUGGAGUAAAUUCUAUUACUGAACUAGAUAACUUAUUCGACGAAGUUUACUAUAACAUUAAACAUUUCGCUAUAAAGAAUGAUUGGUUAAAUAGUUUAUCAGAACUUAACAGUAUAAAAGAACAUAUUUUACAGAUGAAUAACAGCCACCCAAAUAAUUUCUGUGAAACUCAAAUUCAUACCGAGAGUAUCACUUUUAAGGAUUUUAAAUCUCAUCUAAUAACAAAGUAUACUACUUGCCUAUUAUUGGCAGAAAGUUCCUUAGAUAUAGACUUUAAGCUCCGCUUAAAACAGUAUAUUCAUGCCUCAUUUUACUUAGGAACAUUUGUUCAAAAGGCUAUUGAUAAUCAAUCUAUUCAGGACUCUAUUAAAGCUUCCAUAUUAUUGGAGAAUAUCAGAGACACCCUGAAUAACGUUGAAGAAGCUACUCCUUAUUUACCAUUUAUGAACCGGUAUGUAGACUUUAAUGCUGCACUAGCUCUUUGGGAAUCUGGAGAAUUUAAAACACCUAUUUUAAAAUUGAAAAACCUCUUAGAAAAUCCAGUAUCGCUGGAUAAUAUAGGUUCAGAAAUGCUUUUUCUCAUGAAGCCUUUAGAAAUUCGAAACGAUUCCAUGAAAGCCUAUCUGGUUGAAUGGUCAUCUCAUUCAAGAUAUGAGUCUCCAUCUCUGAUUUAUAAAAAUUACAUUAAUAGUAUUGAUACCACUUCUAAAGACCAAGAAAAAACAGCAAUGGUAUUUCAAAAGAUGGGAGAUUUUCUCUUAAGGCAAGUUCAACAAAUGAAAUCUAGUGGACAAAUUGAAGAACGCAAUCAGAUAUGCAAAAAGAGUACUGCAAGUUUAAAUAAACUAAGUUUAAUAUACAAUAAGGGAACUUUGACUACAGAUGAAAAGAAAGAAACGAAACAACAAUAUAUGAGAAUUAAGCAACAAAACAUCUUCGAUCUAUCUAUUGUUAAUAAUUUAAAAGAACAAUACGAAAAUUUUAAUUGGUUUUGUUUGGAAUUUUUUAUGAAUGCAAUGAUAUUGUCAGAUACAUUCGACGAUGAACUUUUAGACAAAUUUUGCAGUCUCUGGUUUGAGAAUGACAAAAAUAAUAAUAUAAAUAGAAAACUUUAUGAUAAAAUUGCUAAUAUGCCAACCUGGAAAUUUUUAAGCUGGACCAACCAGAUUGCAUCAAAAUUAUCAAUAGAAGAAACUGCCUUCCAAAAACCACUUCGAUUAAUAAUGGAAAGAAUUAUCUUCAAAUUUCCAUACGAUUCCUUAUAUGCUAUAAUGAAUAUUCGAUUACACAAAUCAUAUUUAGACGGUACUCAUUCUGAUAUGUCACAAAAAAUUGAAGCAGUAGAAAGAAUUAUGCAUCGGUUAAAAAGGAUUGAGAAUGGCAAAUUUUAUGCCACGUAUGUAACUCCAAUUGAGAUUUUCUGUAAUGAGGUCGUUAAGUUGGCUAACUUGAAGAUCUCGAAAAACACUCGUUCUAUUAAUUUAGAAAAUAUUAAAAUUGGAAAAUAUUGGCUAGUAGAUUUAUUACUCCAGAAGAUUCCACUGCCUACAGCGCCGGUAACUAUUAAAUGUUCUCAAGAUGGCAAAUCACCGAGAGCAUAUAUCACUAGCAUUAAAAGUACACUCAUAGUUUCUGCAACUGGAUUAUCGUUACCUAAAAUUGUUAGUUUUACUCAAUCAGAUGGCCUUCAAUAUAAAGUUCUAAUGAAAGGCAGUAAAGAUGAUUUAAAGCAAGAUUCUGUAAUGGAACAAGCAUUCCAGAAGGUUAACCACAUUUUUGCAAGCCAUAAAAAACUACGAGCAAAAUAUUUGAAAAUACGUACAUAUGAGGUAAUACCUUUAGAUCCUGGAACAGGAAUGAUAGAGUUUGUUCGUAACUCGAUUUCGUUGCAUGAGAUCUUAAAUGAUUUGCAUAAAGGUGAUGAGCUUACUUUUAAUAAAGCUAGAAGUUUAAUGAAAAAUGCUCAGAAUAAAACUCCGUCAGAAAAAGUUGCUUGCUUUAAAGAACUCACUGAUAGAAUUAAACCCCAGCUACGUAAAUUUUUCUUCAAUGCAUUUUUACAUCCAGAUGAUUGGUUUUCGGCAAAGAUGAAUUAUACUAAGGGCGUUGCAGUAACAUCAAUUAUUGGCUUUGUUCUUGGCUUGGGGGAUAGACAUCUAAAUAAUAUCUUAAUUGAUUCACAUUCUGGUGAACCGAUUCAUAUUGAUUUAGGGAUAGCCUUUGACCAGGGCCGAUUACUUCCCAUACCUGAAACCAUACCAUUUAGACUAACACGCGAUAUAAUAAACGGUUUUGGUGUUACAGGAGUCGAAGGUUUAUUCCGUAAGAAUUGUGAAUAUACCUAUUCAGUAUUGAGAGAAAAUCAUCAGAAAUUUUUAAGUGUAAUGAAUUUACUGAAAUGGGAUCCCUUAUAUAGUUGGGUAAUGUCUCCAAUGAGAAAGCACAGGCAUUUGGUUGAACUGAACGAAUCUAUGGAUGAAACUAACUUUCAUAAACUGGUAACUGAACCUGAUACUAUUUGUCACAGUGAAGUAAAUAAUGAUGAAGAGGCUAAUGAUCAAUCUUUAAGAGCAAUUAAUACUAUUGAAGAAAAGCUAGUUGGUAAUGGUUUAAGUGUUGAGUCAACAGUUCAAGAAUUAAUACAACAAGCUACAGAUGAAACGAAACUUGCUCAAUUGUUUUUUGGUUGGUCCCCAUUUUAUUAA